AUGGAUCAUCAUGACUGGCAGAGAGGGAGAAGUAGAGGUCACAGGCGCUACGACGAUGAUGAAGAUGCCCAGCCAUUCUACAUUGGUGUUCCGGUUUCUCACAGACGGAAAAGGCGCAGACAUCACUCCUAUGCCAGUGAGGCUGACCGUGACUCACGACACACACACUAUGAUCAUCACACACACCGUGAACACUCUCACCGAGGAUAUUACCACGAGAGAGAUGAGCACUAUAACGACGACGAGGGCAGUUCGGAGCGUCAUGAGCACGUUGAUCCCUCAGGAUCUGGCAAGCAUGGAGGAUUCUGGGGUCUCUUUUCCUUCAAUUAUGGCCUCCCGCUGGACCAUACCUGGCUCCCAAAUAGUGUGUGCAAAAACCCUUUCAGCUCAUUUUUACCAUUAAAAAAAAACUUACGAUCAAGCAUGUCCCCUGCUGCAGAGCGGCUGCGCCACAUCCUGGGUGAGGAUGACAGCGCCCCAACACCCACAUUAUUCACUGAGAUGGACACACUACAGCACGAGGGGGGCGAGUUAGAGUGGAAAGAGUCUGCGAGGUGGGUGAAAUUUGAGGAGAAGGUGGAGGAGGGAGGAGAGAGAUGGAGCAAGCCUCAUGUCUCCACACUGACCCUCCACAGCCUGUUUGAGCUCAGGACCUGCCUGCAGACUGGAAGCAUUCUGCUUGACCUGGAAGGCUACUCACUGCCACAGAUAGUGGAGGAGAUUGUGGAUCGGCAGAUAGCGGAUGGUCUCAUUCCUCCGGAUCUGAAGGAGAAGAUCAUCUUUGUGUUGCUAAGGAAGCACCGUCACCAGACCAAGAAACCAAUCCACCGGUCCCUGGCUGACAUAGGGAAAUCCUCCAAUACUGCUACCAAUCAUGCUCAAAGCCGAAGCAUGAAUGAUAUUUCAGACACACCAAGCACAGAUCAGUUGAAGAAUAAGUUCAUGAAGAAGAUUCCUCGUGAUGCUGAAGCCUCCAAUGUCCUGAUCGGUGAAGUGGAUUUUCUGGAAAAGCCAUUUGUCUCUUUUGUGCGUUUGGCUCAAGCCACAACUCUCGGAGGUCUCACUGAGGUCCCUGUGCCAACCAGGUUUCUUUUCAUCCUGCUGGGUCCUCACGGUAAAACCAAGUCUUACAAUGAGAUCGGCAGAGCUAUAGCUACUCUUAUGGUAGACGAUCUGUUCAGUGAUGUUGCUUAUAAAGCAAGAGACCGUGAGGACCUGAUUGCAGGUGUUGAUGAGUUUCUGGAUGAGGUGAUUGUCCUUCCUCCAGGCGAAUGGGACCCCAAAAUACGCAUCGAACCUCCCAAGAAGGUUCCAUCAGCAGAAAUGAGGAAAUCCGUGCUGAACCUGAAUGAGCUGGGUCAGAUGAACGGCUCAGCUGGUGGGGCAGCUGGAGGAGAAGAUGAGGAACUUCCAGCUCCACAUGAGCUGGGAGAGGAGCUGAAAUUCACUGGGAGGUUUUGUGGUGGUUUAUGGCUGGACAUCAAAAGGAAGAUCCCAUGGUAUUGCAGUGAUAUCUAUGAUGGCUUCCAUAUCCAGUCCAUCUCUGCUGUACUCUUCAUCUACCUGGGCUGCAUCACCAAUGCCAUUACCUUUGGAGGACUGCUUGGGGAUGCUACUGAAAAUUACCAGGGGGUGAUGGAAAGUUUCCUUGGCACUGCUUUAGCAGGGACUGUCUUCUGUGUGUUUGGCGGACAACCUCUCAUCAUCCUCAGCUCAACUGGACCCAUUCUCAUCUUUGAAAAAUUGCUUUUCGACUUCAGCAAGAGCAAUGGUAUAGAUUACAUGGAACUGCGUCUGUGGAUUGGCCUUCACUCGUGUCUGCAGUGUUUUUUGCUGGUUAUCUCAGAUGCCAGCUACAUCAUCAAAUACAUGACCCGCUUUACAGAGGAGGGUUUCUCCAGCCUCAUCUCCUUCAUAUUUAUCUCCGAUGCCAUCAAGAAGAUGGUGGGAGCCUUUAAGUAUUACCCAAUCAACCGUGGCUUCAAGCCUGAUUACAUCACUUCUUACAAGUGUGAAUGCAUUGCUUCAGACCAGGACUUGGACUGGAGUCAGCUGAGUAAGAAAGAGUGUGUGAAAUAUGGUGGCACUCUGGUGGGGAGCUCCUGUAAGUAUGUCCCCGACUUGGCGCUCAUGUCCUUCAUCCUCUUCUUUGGCACCUACUCCAUGACUAUUUCUCUCAAGAAGUUCAAGUUCAGCCGCUACUUCCCGACAAAGCUCCGUACCCUAGUCAGUGAUUUUGCCAUCAUCCUUUCUAUCCUGGUGUUCUGUGGGUUGGAUUGCCUGCUGGCGCUCGACACACCCAAACUGCACGUGCCCACUGAGAUCAAGCUAAGGAAGCUAAUCAGUGAUUUUGCCAUCUUCAUGUCAAUCAUGGCCUUUGUGGGUCUGGAUAUGUUGAUGGGGUUAGACACGCCCAAACUAAUCGUUCCAACAGAGUUCAAGCCAACACGCCCUGACCGUGGCUGGUUGGUGAUGCCGUUCGGUAAAAAUCCCUGGUGGUGGUAUCUGGCAAGCUUUGUUCCCGCUCUCCUCGUCACUAUCCUCAUCUUCAUGGAUCAGCAGAUCAGCGCUGUCAUCGUAAACCGCAAAGAAAACAAACUGAAGAAGGGCUGUGGCUACCACUUGGACCUGUUCUGGGUGGGUGUGCUAAUGGCGGUGUGCUCCUUCAUGGGUCUGCCCUGGUAUGUAGCAGCCACUGUCAUCUCAAUCGCACACAUCGACUCUCUGAAGAUGGAGAGCGAAUCCAGUGCCCCCGGAGAGCAGCCACAGUUCCUGGGAGUCAGAGAGCAGAGGUUGACAGGCAUCCUGGUGUUUGUUCUGACGGGACUCUCAGUCUUCCUCGCUCCUGUUCUUCAGUACAUCCCCAUGCCAGUCCUCUAUGGAGUCUUCCUCUACAUGGGAGUGGCCUCACUGAGUGGUAUCCAGUUCUGGGAGCGAAUCAAGCUCUAUCUGAUGCCAUCCAAACACCAGCCAGACUUCUCCUUCCUGCGUCAUGUCCCCCUCAGACGUGUCCAUCUGUUCACCCUUGUCCAGAUUGUCUGUCUGGCUGUCCUCUGGAUCCUCAAGUCCACAUUCCUGGCUAUCAUCUUCCCAGUAAUGAUUCUAGGUCUGAUGGUUGUAAGGAAGCUGCUGGAUCUGAUGUUCUCACAGCAUGACUUGGCCUGGCUAGAUGACAUACUGCCCGACAAAGACAAGAAGAAGAAGGAGGAUGACAAGAAAAAGAAGAAAGAGAAAAAGGUGGCAGAGCCGGAGAGCGACGAGGAGGAGAUGAACCCCUACUCGACAGUCACAUCCGAUCAAAAUGAGCUAGACCGCAGCAUCACUCUGCACCUGAAGAUCUCCUGCCCCUCCUCGCCUGCCACCUCCCUGACCAGCCUCGCCCCUGCCGACCCUCCUCCGCCUCGCCGGCCUCCACACCAGCCACAGGUCAGCAUUCGGGUGGAGUCAGACUGCGAGGAGUCCGGUUUCUACUCCUCACAGCAGCAGCAGCAGCAGCAGUCGGGCCUGUACCCUCCUCAUCAAAUAUCUGAGCCCCACAGAGACUGCUCCAGAAGGCCACAUCCUCCCUACAGUGACUCCUGCGCUGAAACCGUCCUGUGA